AUGCUUCCGGAUGCGAAAACCGGUCUGAAAAACGGUGACUACGACAAGGCCGGAGAAUCGUUGAAGUUUGCGCUUAUGUUUCCAAUGAGAUGUAAAUUCAAUCUCCAACGUGCCAAGUUUGAUAAGUAUGAGUAUCCUCAAGUUUAUAGUCAAAUCAAUAUCUAUGCACAACUCUCUGAUGCUGCUAUGAGGAUCAUCGACCGUUUCUAA